UUUUUUUCUCUUUCUUUCUUUCUAUUUUGUUUAUUAUGGCAGAAAAAAGACAAGCCGGUCCUUCCAGUGGUGGUGCACUUAUCAAACGUGCUAAACAAGACAAUGAAGAUAACAGUCAGUCUCUCAUCAACUUGUCUGAUCAGCGAUCGGGUACAAAGAAUGCUAUUGUUGGAACAAUUAGGCGUACAUCUUCAUUAGAAGCACCUGUGAUGCAAUUAACAGGACAUGGUGGUGAAAUUUAUUCUUGUCAAUUCGACCCUUCUGGAGAAUACAUUGCUAGUGCUGGAUUUGAUAGACAGAUUUUAUUAUGGAAUACAUAUGGAGAAGUCAAGAACUAUGGUAUAUUAAAAGGCCAUUCCAAUGCCAUCAUGGAAAUACACUGGUCUCGAGACUCGAGUCAAAUCUUUAGUUGUUCAGCCGAUAAGACAGUAGGCAUUUUUGAUGCAAAGACAGGCGAACGUAUACGUCGAUGGAGAGGACACAGCAACAUUGUCAACAGUUGUCAAGUGGCUCGUCGUGGACCUGAACUCGUUGUCUCAGGCAGUGAUGACCGUACGAUCAAAAUAUGGGAUCACCGUACAAAAGAAGCUGUCCAUUCAUUUGAUGAUGAUUACCAAGUGACAAGUGUCUGCUUUAGUGAUGCUGGUGAUAUGGUAUAUACAGGUGGUCUCGAUAACCACAUCAAGGCAUGGGAUGUACGUAAGAACCAAGUCGCCUAUACCAUGGAAGGCCAUGCUGAUACAGUAUCUGGUAUGGCAUUGAGUCCUGAUGGUGCACACUUGUUGACCAAUGCGAUGGAUAACACAGUCCGUAUUUGGGACAUCAAGCCAUUUGCCCCAGCUGAUCGUUGCUUAAAGAUAUUUGAAGGGGCUCCUCAUGGUUAUGAAAAGAACUUGAUUCGUCCCUGUUGGGCUACAGAUGGAAGUCAAAUCGCCUGUGGUUCAGCUGAUAGAACAGCUGUGAUUUGGCAAGUAGAAAGUAGAAAGAUUCUGUAUAAAUUGCCUGGUCAUAAGGGUUGCGUGAACGAUGUUGACUGGCAUCCUAAGGAACCUAUUAUUAUGAGUGCAAGUACAGACAAGACACUCUUUUUAGGUGAAGUUAAGCCUACCAAAUUGUAAUUUAUCAUAAAGCAAUGUUCUCUUUUUUUUCUCUCUCUCUCUUUUUUAUCUUUCAAAUAAGUUGCAUGAAGCAGAUACGUGUUUAUAACAAAAUGAAUGAAACGG